UGCUGUGGGGUGCUGUGCCUGGGUCUGGCGGCGGGGGCUGUGGUGGUUCCGAGCGCUGCCCGGGAGCCGCAGCCGGGCCCUCUCCUUCCUCCCCCGCACCGCUUCCAGCUGCCCCGUUUGACCCAGUUCGUCGCAGGCUGCUUGGAUGUGGCCGCCGCUGCCGGAGCCUGGAAACCUUCACGGCGUGGAUGAGGCCGAGGUGUCCCGGUGAAAUGGUGCAGGCGGCAGCCCCGUCCUGCGCAAGGCAACCUGCUGGGGCCGGGCUGUGAGGGGUUUACACCCGCAGUGACCCCCGAGCCCUGUCACGGACAGGCGCCCCAUAGCAGCUGCAGGCGCCAUCAGCCCUUCCCGUGACAGAGCUGACACACCGCUUCCCGCAUUACCGCGGGCUGCUUGAAGAUGUGCUGCCCCAACUCUAAAGGCCUGUAACGCAGAAAUGACUCACUGGUUUUGAAGAGGAGUGUGAAGAGGAAGGCAAGUUUGAUAGUUACUGAAUCACAAUGUUUUAUGUUUUGUGUCUUCUCCAGCUUCUUUAAGCUGGACUUCUCCCUGCAGAUGGGCUUUCAUGAGUGCACAGCUCUGCAAAACACCAUGGUGCAAGGAAACUCUCCAAGGUGUGAGGUCCAUGGCUUCAGUUCAAAGGAGCAGAACUUUGUGCCACAAGACAUUCUUCUUUCAUGGAUUCGUAGGACUACAGUAAACAGAGCCAGCACUUACUCUGUCCUCAGAAGACCUCAGGAAAGCCUUUUAGCUGCUUAUUCAAGCGGCGUCGACAGAGACAGGGAAGGCUGUUGGUGCGGGUGCUGAGCAGCGGUGCGUCCAUCCGUGUGGCAGACAGGUGUCCCACCCGUCCCUCAGGCUGGGUCUCAGCCUGCACAGAGGCAACAGUCGCUUCACAGAGCAUCUUCAGGGGCAUUUUAGCCGGAGAAUGUUAAAAUACUAUCUCAGACACUCCAUGCUGCCCCGUCAUGUGCAGAGGCUGGGCAGAGACUGGAUUGCCCACUGGAAUGGUUCUCAGGUACUCGGCUUGAACAGCCCCAUUUCCAGCUGUUUGAGAUGGGCAGGACACUCUCCCUGGGCUUCUUUUCCACUUCCUGUUCCAGUUGACUUCUCAGCAAACUGGAGACUCCCUCCGUUUUUUGGACCUUGGAGACAAUUUCAGAACUCUAACUGGCAGCUUGAGAACUUCACACAAAGUUCUUGCUUUCACCUACCUUACCCCAGUAUGAAAUCUGAGGGAGAGGAACCAUCGACAAAGAAGAGAAGACUCGGUAGCCAGUGUGAUACUUCAACUCCUGAAGAAGAAACAAGAGUGUCUAAUGAGAAGGAACCAUUGUGUCUUUCUGUAGCACAGGAUGAAGAAAAACAUACCAGCAAGAAAGGAACGGUCAAAAGACACUGGGAAUAUUUCUGUCAGCACAGUAGAACAAUGAAAAUCUUAGAAAAAAAGGAAACUGACCAAAGCAAUACAGAAAGUGAGGCAAAAUUUGAUUUUACAGUCAUGUCCUACAAUAUCCUCUCACAGAAUUUGUUAGAAGAUAACUCCCACCUGUACAAACACUGCAGGCAACGGUUAUUAAUCUGGACAUACAGAUUUCCCAACAUUCUACAAGAAAUCAAACAGCUGGAUGCAGAUGUACUCUGUUUACAAGAAGUGCAAGAAGACCACUACAGAACAGAGAUCAAGUCAAGUUUAGAAUCCCUGGGGUAUCACUGCGAGUAUAAAAUGAGGACAGGGAGAAAACCGGAUGGCUGUGCUACUUGCUUUAAAACUUCCAAAUUUAGCCUGAUCUCAUCAAAACCUGUGGAAUUUUUUCGCCGUGAUAUUCCGCUCUUGGACAGGGACAACGUUGGAUUGGUGUUGCUUUUGCGGCCUAAAUUCCACUGUAAAACUAACGCUGCAAUCUGUAUAGCCAAUACACACCUGCUGUAUAACCCAAGGCGAGGGGACAUCAAACUGACCCAACUUGCAAUCCUCCUGGCAGAGAUUGCUAGUGUUGCCCCUCAGAAGGAUGGGACCUUCUGUCCAGUUAUCCUCUGCGGCGACUUCAAUUCCGUUCCUGGUUCUCCGUUGUACAGAUUUAUAAAGGAAGGAAAGUUAAAUUAUGAAGGACUUGCUAUAGGGAAGGUCUCUGGACAAGAACAGUUUCCAAGGGGACAAAGAAUCUUACCUAUUCCAAUUUGGCCCAAAAAAUUAGAAGAAAAAAUGGAAGCAGCAAAACCAGACAAUGCUCAGAAGAUUGUAAUAGCACCUGAAAAGUUGUCUUCAAAAUUGCAGCACCAUUUCAAAUUGUCUUCAGUCUAUUCUCAUUACGUUCCUGAAACUGGGAUACCAGAAGUAACGACUUGUCACUCCCGAAGUGCUGUCACUGUGGAUUAUAUUUUCUAUUCCGCAGCAAACGAUGAUACUGCUGCCCGGCCAGGAGCAGAGGAUUCUUUUCGUGGAGGUCUGAAACUUCUUGGCAGGCUGGCACUUCUAACAGAGAAAGACAUUUGGACUGUUAAUGGUCUUCCCAAUGAAAAUAACUCUUCUGACCACCUGCCGUUGCUGGCAGAGUUCAGGCUUAUUGAACGUUAAUAGCCAAAGGACUCUUUGUGUACGUACCGUUACCUUCACAUUCUCUUUUCAUGUAAUUAUUCUUUUUUUUAAAAGGUUCAUUCAAGCACUGCUGGUCCGGUUUAAAGAAGUUUGCCUGCAUGCUGAUUUGUUAGUGUUGUAUAAAGUAGACUUUUUAAAGAGAUCUUUUUUAUUUUCCCAAACAUAUAAAUUACUUUAUGAAAUCUUAAAGGCAAAAAGAAAAGUUUUUACAUUAGCUUCCUCUUUGAUAAUGGAAAACAUCUGUGCCAGUCUCAAAAGGGCAAUAUUUUUCACAGAGAUGCUGUAAAUGGUUUUUAUUGUAAAACACAGUAAAACUGAUUAUUCUCUGAGAA